AUGUGGGUGGGGUCGAGGGCAAAGGACGCGGACGGGUAUAAGCUUUGGUACUCAGGAGUCGAGAAAGGUAAGAAUGGAGUGGGUAUCUUGGUGGAUAGGGGAUUUAGAGAGUCUGUGGUUAAGGUUAGACGAGUGAAUGAUAGAUUGAUGACUAUUAAUUUGGUAGUUGGUGAGUGUACCCUAAACGUCGUUAGCGCCUAUGCGCCACAUGCGGGCCUGGAUGAGGAGGUUAAACGGCGCUUCUGGAAGGGGAUAGAUGAGAUUGUGCGCCGGGUUCCACCUGCUGAGAAGCUAUUCAUAGGAGGGGAUUUCAAUGGUCAUAUCGGGCCGAACGCAGGUGGUUAUGGCGAGGUGCAUGUAGGCUUCAUUUUUGGGGAGAGGAACGGAGGAGGUACAUCGAAGUUGGACUUUGCUAAGGCUUUUGGGUUGGUGAUUGCGAACUCUAGCAUUCCGAAGAGAGAGGAGCAUCUAGUUACUUUUCAAAAUGCGGCGGCGAAGACUCAGAUUGACUAUCUCCUCCUCAGGAGGUGUGACAGAGGGUUGUGCAAGGAUUGCAAGGUGAUUCCGGGUGAGAUACUCGCGACGCAACAUUGGCUCUUGGUGAUGGACGUUGGUAUUAUGUUGAAGAGGAGGAGAAGGUCUGCUUGA